UCAAAAUAGCUUCCGUCGCAGAAAAAAUGCAGGCUGGCUGGUUUUAGGAGUGGGUCUGCAACUGGUCAGUGGGUAUAUAAAGCGGGGCUUCACUCUGUCUUGCCAGUGUACACCUCCAGUAGCACACCACAACAACAACAUGGCUUCUAAGCUGAUCGUCCUCGCCGCCGUGGUGUGUGCCGCUGCCGCGCAGCUGGUGGUGCCACGCGCGCCGAUUGCCACACCUCUGGCAGCCGCCAUCGCCGCCGGCGAGUACGACCCGCACCCGCAGUACACGUACGGCUACAGCGUGCAGGACGCCAUCACCGGAGACGCCAAGAGCCAGCAGGAGUCCCGCGACGGAGACGUCGUCCAGGGCAGCUACAGCCUGGUCGAGCCCGACGGCUCCGUCCGCAUCGUCGAGUACGUCGCCGACCCCGUCAACGGCUUCAACGCCGUCGUCCGCAAGGGGGCCGCAGUCGCCCCCGCCCCCGUCUACGCUGCCCCAGGCGUCGCCAGGACGAUCAUCGCUUAAGACGGCCCGGACUCGCCAUCACGGAAGAACAUACAGCUUAGCGAAACAACUUCUGCACAUUCUGUGAAUGUACGCAAAUAAACGGCACUGACUUGGUUCACUCAGUAA